AUGCAGGACCAGUUACGUUCCGCAACAACAACAUCUCGAGGUGUUCAAGUCGGCAAUUCCACACAUCACGAAUCCAUCUCGCAUUGUGGCCGUGGACAAUCACCGGCUUCUUCACCACCAACUUCUGAUCCUGAUUUGGACGACAGCAUUCAGACGAGUCCAUUGGCCAGAUUCAGCACGACCGCCGCAGCAUCCCGACUUCCUUCCCAGCGCACCGCAGCACCAACGCCUUUGAGGCGCGGACUACUGCCAGAGCAGCUAAACUCGGAGUCUGAGGACGACGUGGGUGGCAACAUCGUUGUUGUGCCAGGACGACAGACUCCGGUGCCUGCAGUAUCGCCAGCAAGCACGCAAGUCGUCGAAGAAACUCCUCAAUUCGCUCAGCAAAGACAUCGAGAAGCCAUAAUGAACAAUCCAACUCGAGCACAUCGUCGUGCACCAGAAACUGCCGGCCCGGAGGAAGAUUCGGGUUCGAUACACUACGCCACCGAUCCGGAUCCCGCUAUUGAAAUCGCAAAACUCAGAAAGUCCCGCAACGUGCUCGCUCAGUCACUGGAGGAAAGCACUGCUCAGCUCAAUCGAUUUCGAGCAAGUCAAGUUGUCCGCGGCCAGAGCAAAUCAGCUGAAACUGAGGAGCUUCAAAGAGCGGGAUUGGAUCCAUCGAGAGCGAUGGCUGCUCUUGGCACCGCAGACAACUGGAGAGGCAGGAUUACCGCGAUCUUCCUGGGAUUCUUGAUGGGGGUCAUGGUGUUGUUUCUGCUCUGGGUGUGGGCGAAUGGGCCGGACUACGAGUACAUCCGAAAGAGAAGGGCGGAUGUCUUGUACGAGUGA